AUACUUAUCUGCUGUGUGCAGUGGUUUUGCACAGAGCAGCCUGGAUCCUCUUUUUCUUGGGUCCCCCACAGGCUCUCCUUGCCCCUCCCUUUUGUCGGGUGCCCCACAACAAGCAGCUUUCUAUGGGGGCACCCACUGCUCCGUGUGUCCAUUCACUCACUAGUGGCAGCGCAGCAUUCAUUUAUGUCCAGUACAUAUCGCUGGAUUCAGAGGGGGCUUAGGUGAGUAUAAGGGGGGACUGGGGGGGAUGCUGCACACAGAAGGUUGUUUACCUUCAUGCAUAGAAUGCAUGAAGGUAAAAUACCUUGAGCCUUUGGAACCACUUUAAGGCAUGC